CCCGCAGUUUAUGCUGGAUCCAAUUUUGUAAGAGGUCAAAUUACAGGACUUCGAAGUCAGACCUGGAAAUGUUGACAUUGAUUCAUAAAAUCGCGGGAAACGACAUUAAAUUGAAUUUUAACAUGACAAAAAAAAUGUCAACAUGUCAGUUAUAUAACUUUGAGACUGUUCCUCUCUGUCCGGUUCGUCCAGGCCAUUUCAUCUGGAAGCUCUCCGCGCGGCUAAUGCGUCUCACCGUCCUGGACGCUAAAGCCGAGCCGUGAGUAUCUGUAUAAUCCGCCGCCCUUCCACUCAGACACAUGUGCUGGGAAUUAAUCUGACACUGAUGACACUGAAGCUGCAUGUCAGACUCUCCGGUCCCUUUUACUAGAAAGUCCUGCCACACAAACAGAUGUCCUCCUCAUCAUUCGCUGCUUCUGAAACUAGGGAGCAAAUUAUAAAUGAGAGGGAGAGACAGAGAGAGACCCAGUAGGUCGUACCUGCCGGUAGCUGUAAACUGAGAGUGCUGUAAUCUGAAUAACAGCUUUUACUGGCCGGACUCUAUCGACCGGCUUCAGAUUUAGCAACUCAUUCCUAAAGCUUCCCUCCCUCCCUGAUGUGCUCACGAUGCGGUGCGGGUCUGUCUGCCUCCAGCUGAUGAGCGUAUUGGCAGCUGCAUCAUUCCAGCCUGCUGAGUUAUUGGGAUUUGCCUCCUGCUUCCUCCUCCGCCUGCCUGGUAUUGAGGCUGGAUGCGCCUGCAGGAUCUCUGCGUGUUUUGUUUCUAAUCGAAUGUUGUUGGACUAAUUGUUAUUGACAGACUGUGCAACACUUUAUAUAUAUAUAUAGAUAUAUAUAUCUACAUUUAUUUUUUAUUUUUGGCCCCACCUCCCAGGGUGAGGGGAAUUCUGUUGAGGGGAUGUUCUCAUCUUCAUCCAGAAACUCUUUGCUGUCACCCUGGACGUCCAUGGAGCAGUCAGACUCCGAAGCGCUGGACAUCAGCACCAAGGUGCAGCUGCACGGCGUGCUGUGGAAGAGACCCUUCGGACGGCCAUCGGCCAAGUGGUCCCGCAGAUUCUUCAUCAUCAAAGACAGCUUCUUGCUCUACUAUGCAGAGAGCGAGAAGAGGAGCUUCGAGAGCAACAGGUACUUCAAUAUCCAUCCCAAGGGAGUCAUUCCUCUGGGAGGAUGCGUGGUGUCGUCCAACGAGGACAUGGGGAUGCCUUUUGCCAUCGUGGUCAACCUUGAAGAUUUUACAGGGACCAUCGUCCUGGCUGCUGAGUCUGAGGAGGAGCAGGUCCAGUGGAUAGAGAUGCUCCAGGAAUCAGGGAAAGUCACAUGGAAGAACUCGCAACUAGGGGAGGCGAUGAUCGAGAGCCUGGAGGCUCAGGGGCUGCAGCUGGCCAAGGAGAAACAAGAAUACCUGGAUAAACUUAUGGAAGAGACAGAGGAGUUAAGUCACCAAAGAGCACAGAAGGAGGAGCUGGAGCGUCUCAACCAGGUCCUGGAGGAGGAGAAGAGGAAGUUCGAGGAGGUGGUUCUGGAGCUGAAGGCGGAGCAGGAGCAGAUCAAACUAGACCUCGAUGACACAACUCAGUCCCUGAAAAGUGUUGACCAGGAAAAAGAAGAGCUGAGUUGCUUAACAGAUACGCUUCAGAAGUCCAUAGAGGAGCUCUCCCAGGAGAAACAGCGGAGACUUCUGAUGCUGGGGGUGAAAGGUCAGGAAAAGAAGAAGGAGGCGGACCGACAGAGUUCGGGGUCUGCGUGCGAGGACCCCGUGGACGGAGAGGCGGUCCGAGACCCGGAGGUGCUGCAGGACCUGCGGCACAUCGAGGAGCAGAUGAAGAUCCUGCUGAAGGAGAAGGAGCAGGCCGACGAGAAGCUGAAUGAGAACGAGCAGCGCUCCAAGCUGCUGCAGCAGGAGAAGGAGUACUACUCCACCCAGGCCCAGACGCUGCAGCAGUCGCUCUCUCAGCUCACGGCGGACAAGCAGCAGACCGAGGCCGAGCUCAAGGCGGAGAUCCAGUCGCGCAUGGAGCUGGAGCAGCGGCUGAAGCAGGCGGAGGAGGCCCUGCAGGACCUGGAGAAGGGCCUGAACUCGCUGGAGCGGACCAAGGAGAGAGAUGAGAAGAUGAAGGGGGACGUGACGCAGCUGAGAAAGUUCUUCGAGGAGUGCAUCUGUGCAGCGGAGAUCGAGGCGAAGCUGCCGGCCAUCAUGAAGAACGCCGUUUACCUACACAAAGCCGCCGCACGCAGGAUCAAGAGCUGCCGCAUCCAGAGGAGAGCCUCCAGACGCCACUGGUGUGAGUUGAAACACUCCAAGUCGUUUGCUGUGGCCGGUUCGGACGACGGCAUGGAGGAACUGCGGGCGACGGCUCGGCGGCUCACCUCUGACAGCAGCUUCAGGGAGAGCGUCUACAAGAUCGUCGUUCGCAAGGAAGCCGCAAACACCACGAUAGACUGAGUGGAUAAAAGAAGAAUAAAACAACAACAAAAAACAACAAAUCAGAAAUGGUCCUUUAGCUUUAAUUUCAUCAGCACAUAAAGUUGGAAAAGACCCUGAUCCCAAACCUUAACGUACACACACACACACACACACACACACACACACACACACACACACACACACACACACCUGUUCACUGACGGUUCCAAGUCACUGCAAUAAUAAAAGGAAUCGGACAAGAUGAAUUAAAUAAAUUUAAGUCACAU